AUGACUACCGAGGAAUUCCAAUCGAUUCUUGAUGGAGUGAGAAGAGUGGAGGAAGAUGCUGCCAAGAUGGCUGAGGGUCCGGACCUAGCAUCUGAGGCUGUAGAUAACAAAAUCCGUGAAGAACCAAUGAGAGAAUCACAGGAGGAACCCGCCAAGCCAGUAGAGAAGGCGGAGUCUGAGAAAGUAAUGGAGUCUGAGAAAGAGAAAACCAAGGUUCCAACUGACCAACAUAAGACGAAAGUGUCGACUGCGAAAAAAUCGAAGGCUGUGAAGAGAAAGUUAGUGCUAAAGGACUACCCGAAGGCAGAAAGGCAGAAACCAAAGCGCAUAUCGCAGGGGUGCCUGGGGCGUGGGAUGGCCGAGAAAGCAGGGGCCAACACUGCAUCUGAGGCAGUUGAGAUCUUGAGCGAAGAGGAACGGAUGACUCCUACAAAACCUUGGGAGGAUCCCAAAUCAGCGACCGCCCAAGAAGAAAGCCACCCAGAGAUUGAGCCCAAAUCGUCUACCCCCACAGGCCAGGAGGAGGGAACUCCUACAAAACCUAGGGAGAACCUGUCUGAAGUUCCUCCCGAGCCUGUAGAGGAGAAAAUCGUUGAAGCCCUAAUAACCCAGCCUACUUCCCAGGAUGAACCCUCGACAUCAGCGGAUGUAAAGCGAGAAGAAGAAGACGAAGAGAAGCGUUACCAGUUGGAACGGAAGAGGAAGGGCAAAGCCCCAGUUCAAAAGAAGCAAAGUAACAAGAAAGCCUGCACAGUCAUUACCGGGAUCAUGAUCCGUUAUUCCAAGCAAAGAAGUCUACCACCCAGGAGGGAGGACAGUGAUGAAGAGUACGCAUCCGGUGACGAGCCAGAGUCGGAGGAUGAUGUGUCACUAGAAGAUGAGAACUUCCAGGAAUAUCAGCUACCGGAGAACCACCAUGAACUCAUUCAUCCUCCCGUGGAGAGAAUGGAGUACCUACCUUGGCAGGUUGAGCUUGAUGAUUAA